AUGUCAUCAUCAAUUGUAAAUAACAACAUUGCUUCUCAAGACAUGGACCAUCAUGAUCAUUCUAGUUUGAUGCCCCAUCAUAAACGAUUGGUCUGCUUCGUUGAAGGAAAUAUCGGGUCUGGAAAGAGCAGCACAUCACGAGAGUUACAAUUAUUUAAUGAAAAUUGUGUUUCCGAACAACAACGAACUGAUGAGUGGACACUCCUCAGCAAGUAUUAUGAAGUUGGAAUUCAUAAAAAGGACAUCAAGCUCAACUAUGAAUUACAAAAACAAAUUGCAAAUACCUAUUUCAAACAUUACUUUAAGUAUAACUUUCAGCCAUUGACAUCAACGUCAUCAUUGAAAUCACGAGAAUCAUCAUUCACGACUGUCAAUGACCUAUUUGAAAAAGAACAGCUCGAAGCCAUCAUGAAGAAGUUCAAUAAUUUAGUGAAAUUACAUCCAAACUCCAAGAUAAUGUCACAAAUGAGUGACUCCUUUGAUGUAAAUAGAUAUGAAUUAGAUGAAAAUGUCACUACUCCACCAAUCACUUGUUCUGACACUUUCAACAUUUUCUUUGAAGGAAUUCUUUCCUCGAGUGGUGUAUUUACUGUUAUGGAGUAUAACAAGGGAAUGAUUGCCGAGGAAGAUUAUUUGGAUUUGUGUGAAAAUUACGACGCCUUAAAGAGAGGUGUCACUGGUCACAUGGCAUUCUAUCUCAAGCCAAAGAAUAACAUUGACAUUUGUCACGAAAGAAUUAAGGCUAGAAAAAGAGAAUUUGAAGGAGGAAUUGAAAAGUCAUAUUUGAAGCUCAUAGAGGAGCACUAUGAUUCAUUCAUGGAAAUUGUAGCAACCAAGAUACCUGUGUUCGUUAUUGACAAUUCUACUCUUGAUGCAAAACAAACUGCAGCAUUGAUUUUGGACAUUAUUAAUGCUGUGAAAAAAGACAUUAAAUACAUGUAA